UCUUCCUGGGUUUGGGGUCGUUUCUGGGAGUUACGUGUGAUUUUUGACAUUCAACCCUCCUCUACCAGCAAUAGGCUGCAUGAGUUGGGGGCGGGCUUCCGCAAUCCUGUUCGGCGCAGGGGCCACUCUGCUCCUGUCGCUUCUUUGGAUGCCGGCGCUGCUGCCUGUGGCCUCUCGCCUUCUCUUGCUACCCCGAGCUCUGCUGACCAUGGCUUCCGGAAGCCCCCCGUCCCAGCCCUCGCCGGCCUCGAGCUCAGGCUAUGUUCCCGGCACAGUCUCUGCAGCCUUUGUCACCUGCCCCAACGAGAGGGUCGCCAAGGAGAUCGCCAGGGCUGUGGUGGAGAAGCGCUUGGCAGCCUGCGUUAACCUCAUCCCUCAGAUUACAUCCAUCUAUGAAUGGAAAGGAGAGCUUGAAGAGGACAAUGAAGUGCUGAUGAUGAUUAAAACCCGAAGUUCCUUGGUUCCAGCUUUGACAGAUUAUGUUCGUUCUGUGCACCCUUACGAAGUGGCCGAGGUGAUCGCAUUGCCUGUAGAGCAGGGGAACUCCCCGUAUUUGCAUUGGGUGCGCCAGGUUACAGAGUCAGUUGCGGACUCCAGCACAGUCCUACCAUGAUGAGCCCGGUUCCUGCCAUGUUCCCCUUGUAUAUUUCAAUGCCCUUUGACUUGCAGUGAUAACUGGGCCCCUAAUAAAUCCUGUCUGUGGUU